AUGUAUCCUAAGGGAUAUCAGCAGAUGAGUGGACUGAGUCCGGCGUCUAAACUCAUUGUGCAAGAUAUUAGUGAGGCUCAAGCUAAGCCUUGUGCUAUUUUGGCAUCCCUUCAGGAGAAAAAUCCAUCAGAUAACCCUAUACGCAGACAAGUGUACAACUACAUAGAUAGUCUGAGGAGGUCCCUUUUUGAGGGUAGAGACGUGGUGGGACAGUUUUAUCAACUUGCUGUGGAGAGGAAAUAUAUACACUGGACGCUUGCUGAUCAGGAUACAAAUGCGUUGACUCAUAUUUUUUUAGCGCAUCCAGAUUGUGUGGAGUUACUACGACGCUACUACUGGGUCAUCAGUAUGGAUUCCACCUACAAAACCAACAAGUACAACAUGCCUUUCUUGAGAUUAUUGGGAUGA